UUUUUUGACAGUGUGGUAUAAAAUCUGCUGUGUUAAAUGCUGAAUUGCCUGUGAAUUGACGUCUACAUAUUCUUGAGGGUUUUGGUUCUUAAAUGAAUAAAGAAAACAAAUUUCCUGGGCGGGAAAGAAGCAGACAUACUUGCUGGUAAGAUGAGUAUGGUACAGUUGCAAGGGCGGGACCAGUUGCUGACAGCACAAAAUGAAAUGCUCAAGGUACUCUACUCUACUGCUUCAUCAUAUAUGUCUGCAAGUUUGGUUGGCAGUUUCCCUUAUUACAGAUGCAUUGGCUGCAUCUGGUCAGGCGUUGAUUGCUAGUUCGGUUUCAAAAGGGAAUUAUAGAUCUGUGAAGGAUAUCACAUACUUCGUGUUGACUAUUGGUUUUGUGAUGGGUGUUACUUUGGCUGCAAUAUUGGGAGUUUCAUUUGGUUCCAUAGUCACACUGUUCACUAAGGACAUUGGAGUAUUGGCGAUUGCUAGAACCGGGGUUUUGUUUGUGAGUGCUAGUCAGCCUUUGAAUGCUUUUGCUUUUAUUGUUGAUGGUUUGCAUUAUGGAGUUUCAGACUUCCCGUAUGCUGCUUAUUCCAUGGUAUGCUUUUUUUUAGACAUGAACAUAAAAUUACAUAUUUGCCCUUGGAUUAAUAUGUUUUCACUGUAG